AGGAGCGAGAGUGAUUUUGACACUGAAGAAAUCCAGUGAUUUUUGUUUACUGGGCUCCAAGACAACCAGUUGACCGUUACGGCAUAUGCUGUUGCCUUCGGGGUUUUAGAGGAGCUUAGUAGGGUUUUGUAGAUAGAGGAUGCUCAUGGCUAUGGCGGUGGACAACGCAGGUACGUGGGGGAAAUGUAGCGUUGCCGGCAGCAGUUCUUCGUCAAGAGGGCAGUCUCGGAAGAAGCUGGGCUGUAAGGAAAUCUCGAGCACUCCACUGAGAAACGAGUUUUUGGCACUCCGCAAGAAGAGCAGCCGAUGCUCUGUAGUGUCUGCUUCGACGAGCUCGACCUCUCCGGAGAGCUUUGAUAAGAGGAAGCUAUCCGAGGCAGUCAGCAAGUUAGAGCUCGCUGAGACGGUGAGCGCCACUAGCUACGGACAGCUCUUGCGUGCCUGUGGCGAGCUCAAGGCUCUGGAAGAAGGGAGGAGAGUCCACGCACACAUCGAGAAAAGAGGCAUGGACAAGGACUUGUACGUGCGGUAUAGUUUGAUCCGGAUGUAUCUCAGGUGUAGGGGAGCCUCUGGACUGGCCGACGCCAAGAGACUGUUCUUCAGCAUGAAACGCAGGGAUGUCAUACUUUGGACGGAGAUGAUCGGUGCUCACGCGCGACUGGGACAGUCCGACGCUGCUCUUGAGCUGUACAAGCGGAUGAGAGUGGAAGGGGUGAUGCCAAACAAGGUGACGUUUUUAACGCUUCUUGGAGCUUGCUCGAGCCGGGAGAAGCUGCCUGAUGGGAGGGUCGUCCACAAAAGGAUAGUCGAGCAGGGACUAGAGUCAGACGUAGCAGUGGCCAACGCUUUGCUCAAGAUGUACAUUGCGUGUGGAUCGCUUGAGGAUGCGAGCAGCGUUUUUGAGGCUAUGAAGCAGCGGGAUGUGGUGUCGUGGACGACGAUGAUCAUGAGUCAUGGACAGGAUGGGACGGGAAAAGAGGCCGUGAAGCUCUUCAGAAGGAUGCUCGUGGAAGGACUCAAGCCCGAUUGCAUUGCUUGCGUUGCUCUCAUCAACGCUUGCGCUAGCGGGAUGGUGCUGGACGAAGGAAGGUUCAUCCACAGCUGUGUCCGUCGCAGUGGUUUCUACGAAGAUGUUUCGGUGGGAACUAGUCUGAUCAACAUGUACGGGAAAUGCGGUAGCGUAGAAGAGGCCAAGGCUGUCUUCGACGAGUUCUCGAGCUCACAUACCAGCGUCGUUUUUUGGACUGCGAUGAUGGCAACUUACGCACAAAACGGUCGCAGCGAAGCCCUCCAUCUCUUCAGAGCAAUGCAGCUACAAGGCAUCAGGCCCAAUGAGAUGACAUUUGCGACAGUGAUGAACUCUUGUGCCAACUAUUCUACUCUUGAGGAAGGCAGAGCAGUUCACGCUUUGAUCGUGGAGAGUGGGUUUGACAGUGAUCCCGUGGUUGCGAACUCGAUCGUAACCAUGUAUGGAAGGUGUGGAGAACUGGUGGAAGCCGGGAGGAUGUUUGACAAGAUGCUCGUGAGGGAGGCCAGUACGUGGAACGCGAUGAUCACAGCUUGUGCACAGCACGGCCUCUGGGAUGAGGCUCUCAAGCUUUUCUACCGGAUGAAGCAGCUUGGGGAGAAGCCGAACAACAUCACUCUUGUGGGAGUACUAUCGUCUUGCGCUCAUGCUGGACUGGUGGAGGAAGGAUGCAAGAGCUUUGCGACUAUGCACGACUAUUUCGGGGUCAGGCCAACAUUGCAGCACUAUGGUUGCAUGGUGGAUCUCCUAGGCCGUGCGGGAUGGCUGCGCGAGGCAGAAGAGAUGAUCAAGACCAUGCCGUUCCAGGCCGAUGCUGCGAUGUGGACGGCGUUUUUUGGCGCGUGUAAGACUCAUGGAGACGUGGAAGGAGCUCGUCGCGCUGCCGAGGUUGUCAUGGAGCUGGAGCCGAAUAACACUGGAAUGCUGGAGUUUUUGAGAGCCCAGAGCUUCUCGGAAUCGGCUUCAAGCACAGAGAGUUCGGAAGAACAAGAAGCAAAGGCUGGUGAGCUAAAGAAAGAUGCGUGCUUGCAGCCAGGUUCCAGCACAGAAGAAGCUGAUCUGCAACCGGCGAGCACUGAAAGCGCAGCACCAGAUGAACCAGUUCGUGGGAAGGCGAACUUAGACGCCGAAGAAGAAGAAAGUGAAGAAAUGGGAGAGAACAUGGAGCCUGCUUCGAUCAUAGACAACACAGGCAAACAACGAGAAGGCAAAUCAGCUUGCUUAGAGGCAGCAGAUGACAUGGAAGACCAGCAUCCGGAUGGUCCAGGCGAAGCACUGCUUCACUCAUGGGAUUCACAGGCUAGCAAAGAAGAGAACUCACGAUUGAGUGAAACCGUGACCGAGUUCUCCGACGCUACAGCAGCUCCGGAACAGCUCUCAGAGGCCAACUCCAGAGAUGAAGUUCUUUCCAUCAGUCCAGGAGACGCACAAUCGCCAGGCGUGCCGGACCGGGCGUCCAACGGCAGUGCCAGGGAUUCAAGGUAUCAAGCGGUACAGGAACUAGACGACUGCUCCUCACUCACAGAAACUCGUGAAGACCAUCCGGACGAAGAGCCUCAAAACGGCAGCGCUAAUCAACGGCCGAGGGAGGCUUUGCGAGAGAUGGACGAAGAGUUUCGGGGAUUCGUUCAUGGAGAUCUUUCUGGAGGUUUGGCAAGGCGGCUGCUGUGGCUGACGGUGAUGGCGGUAACGAUUCGAGGGAACGGGCUAUGGUCUUUGUGCGUUGCGCUCGCAAGCCAUGCCAAGCUGUGAUCGUGGACUUCCAUGUUAAGAAGGUUGGAUUGGAUGAGAGAUGGAACUUUCAUUUCUUUCUUCUUCCUUUAUUGAGACUUGGCUUUGCUAGAACUUGAUUUUAACGAAAUUCGUACAAUAGGUAAAUUGGUCUCCCAAUUGAACGUAAA